GACAAAUGUGUACGGAAGCAGCAUGUUCCAGGUGGUAUGAGUCAAGACGUGUCUGUGAGCUUUUGUAGAUUUUGUAGUUUUGAAAUAAGCCAUGCUUUUCUAAAUACCGUUCGACAGCAUUGACAUUGAUAACUGUGACAGCUCUAUAGCCCGGAACUUGUUUACAUAUAUAUCCGAGUGGGUAUUCAACAGUUAAGAUGGAGAAAGGCUCCACAGGCGCUUCAGAAAAGACCCAGUCGGCUUUGCCUUGUAAGGAUAAGAGUGAUGAGGACUCUUGCGGCCCAAAUUCCCACAACUCCAGGGAAGCAACCUGUGGUGCUACUGCAGGUCGAGCGAGAUGGACUCUGCUGAGACAGGUGUUGUGUCAGAAGCAGACAGACAGUCCUGAGGUCAAACAGGUGUCUGUUCGUAGGUUUGCCACCUUUGACCUUUUCAGAAGGAAAAAUCUCUCGGCACAAGAACACUGUGAUACCUCAGAUGUCCAGUGGGUGGAGUACAAAAGUGUCUACUAUCCUGAAUACGGUGCCUUCCUCAGGGAUAACCUGGGACCUCUCAAAGUUAAUGAAGUGCUCAAUAGUUUUGACAACACUGGCAAUGUCUGUGUGUGGCCUUCUGAGGAGGUGAUGGCACAUUACUGUCUGCAGAAGCGGCACACGUUCAAGGGUGCAGUGUGCGAGUUAGGAGGAGGUAUGACUUGCCUUGGUGGGCUCAUGGUUGCCAUUUCUGCUGACGUGAAGGAAGUCCUGCUAUCAGAUGGGAAUGAGAAGUCCAUUCAGAAUGUUCGGAGAGUGGUCGAGAGAAACAGGCUGGCCGGAAAGUUUGGGUCAACGCACGUAUCGUCAAGGGUGGUGAGGUGGGACUGCGAGGUGGACAUUUCAGCGCUGGAAGGUUACUUUGAUACCGUCAUGUGUGCAGACUGUUUGUUUCUCGACCAGUACAGAGCCUGCCUGGUUGAUGCCAUAAGGAGAUUACUGCGACCCAACGGCGUGGCGUUGGUGUUCGCUCCUGGAAGAGGUGAAACUCUAACAGUGUUUUGUCGGCUGGCCCAGCAGGCCGGUCUGUGCGUCUGCCAACACCAGCAGUACGACGCUCAGGUCUGGGAUGUUCAUCUAAAGAUGCUGAGAGAAGGAAAGCAGGCAUACGAUGAAAACAUCCACUAUCCUCUCCUCGUCACCCUGACCAAAGGACCUCAACCUGUUAACCAAGCUCAGUAAAAUAGAAUAAGGGAGCUCUUUGCUACACAUAACACUCUGCAUUUUUUUCCUUUUAUUUCACCUCCAGCCAUAUUCCAAACAACUCCUCUCAGUCCAGAAGACGGUCACUCAGCUUUUAUAGCUAGCAGCUAAUCUGCUAGUUGAAAAGUUUAGCCGUCCGUUACGGAUUUAUCGACUUUACAAGGAGUCUGUGAUUCCUAUGCAUUCAUUUGAAUUUCCGCCUGCUUGCAGUGAAUUACGUGACAGUUUUCUGUACAUAUCAGGUACUCAUUAGUGCUUGAGGUAGUCACUGUCUGGUAACAAACGUCGCUCACUGUGUUCCCGCGCUCAGCAUGGAGGCCGGCUUCGACUCGCAGUGCGGAGCAAUUUACAGCUCCCUCAAUUUCCACCUUUAAUUUCUCUUAAAACAUCUCAUUCAUCCCAGUCAGGGGUCAGUACAAAGAACUUAAUUUGUGUGAGUGUGCAUCUACGUGUGUGCGUGUGUGUGUGUGUGUGUGUGUGUGUGUGCGUGCGUGCGUGCGUGUGCGUGUGUGUGUGCGUGCGUGUGUGUGUGUGUGUGUGUUACAGCAGUGCAGUGCAUUAACACACUACGGCACUUUCAGAUGAAAAGAGCAUCGGUUGCUGCAGGAGACACAGAUUUUAUAUGACUUUUUUUUUUUUCCUUCUCUGCAAUUUUGCUGCAAUUAACACGAGUAAUCAAUCUCCAGCAUACACACUAUGAAUCCACUAUCGGUAUUGCUUUAUGGUUUGCUUUUCAGUUUGGUAUCAUGAUGAAAGGAACAGCCUGAUCUUAAUUUGUUAACCAUCAUCUGUAAUUUCCCUCUUCAGUUCCAGUUUAAGUUGCUAAAAUGCAACUCAAACUGUUGCAUUUUAGCUGAUUGCUCUGAUUUUACUGAUGUGUGAAUCUUCACACCUGGCUCAUCGUGUCAAGUAUCAUUAUUUCUGAAGAGGUUUGUGAGUAGGAGUUAUUUAUCAAGCUCACGCAGAACUGUUGUACUAGUAUAUAUUGAUCCAAAACUGUGGAAUAGAAAAUGAUGUAUUUUUGUGAUUGUGUGUGUGAAAUUAGAUAUUGUUUUUUUGACUUUUCCAAACGACGGUAUUCCGUGCCGGCGAGUGCGAUAAACUUAUUUCGGUUUGGUUUCGGUGGCAUUUAUUGGCACUCCUGGUAAAGACUUGAAAAUAAGAUGAUGUGUUAUUGAAGUAGUGUUAUCUCACACUGAAAAUCUGUUUGGGUGUUUUAGUGGGGAAAAACACAAAGGUAAUGUUCUAUAUAUUUUGUACAAUCUGAUUUUGCUAAUAGUACAGCGAUUCAUCUUCUCCUGUAACAUUUUAGAGAGAGGAAUCCUUGACGUUUUUAUCCGAUAGUUUCUUCUGGUUCCUUCUGCAGGAUUUAAAUCUGGAGAAGGAGAUGACUGUAGACCAUUUCUGUAGACUCCUGCAGAUGUUUUUAAUUCAAAAUUUCUUUCUAGCUACUUAAGAAAGUUUACAAUCCCAUGAAUAAUGUUCCCUUAGCAUUUAUUUGGAAGAAAAGCAGGCCAUCACAGCACUACAGAUCCUCCAUCAUGACUAGCAUUAAGCGCUAAAAGCUCACACAUGUAUCGUCCGAACCCAAACAGUCGGCGUGAGGUCACAUGGUUGCAGACCACCGCCUCCAUGUUGGUUUUAUGAAACGGUCACAGAGGGAGCGCCGCGCUUUUCUACAGACGGCCUCCAUGAACAACGACGUUGCAAUUCCCUUUCAGGGGUUUUCAGCCAUUUGACGGUCUUAUUACAGUAGUUAUUUAGUGAAAAACAAGUGUACAUAUUUCCUCAACUCGUCAGAUAAGUGUUCCUCAAAAGCAUUAAUGACUCUUGCAGGUACAAAAACCGUAUAGUGGAUAAAACACAAAUGCAAAACACUUCUGACCCAAUCUGCAUGAGCAGGUUGAAUUUUUUAGGGGUGACCUAAAAUCUACUCUAAAUUGAUUUACUCAAAAUUAAGGUUGGCUUUUUCACAAUUUUCACUAUGAGAUGAUGUAAAUACAUAAAUAAUAAUAAGGUGAAUCUAUUUGAAGCCUUCUUGCCCAUCUUUACCAGGUCCCAAUGAACGUUGCUGGAAUGGCUCCUUUGUAAAAAUAAGUGUGUAGUAAUACAUAAAGUGUUUCUCCAGAGGACAAAGUGUGCAACGAGUAAAAAAGGUCAGACUCAUCCAUGACCCUUCUGUUACCAUAGAGACUAUUUUACGACCUGCGGCUGCCUUUGCAGAAUGCCUGAAUGUCUGGACGUUUCCAGAAAAUCUGGAAACUGUGGUUGCUGGAGAACAAUCAUCAGGAGUAUCAACCCCAAACCGGAACCAAAUCCUGUGUUCGUCCUGAGUCAUAUGAUAAACAUAUCUAUAUCUUUAUCUCUUACAUUCACAACCUUACAGAUGUUUGCUUCUUCAGUUUAUUCAAUCGAAAAAUGCCAUGUUUUUUUUUUUUUUUAAUCAACCAAUUGUUCUCAGGUGUUUUUUGUCACAGAUCAUUUGGCUUCCUGUCUAUUGUAUCAUCGGGAAAGCUGCAGGUAUGAAGGCGUGUGUUGCGGCUAGCGACGCGUUUCCACGUUACACUGUGAUCCACUGACGUACAGGGCAGCCCAGAAGCUAUGCAGUACUUCCCAGUGGCUGCUGUUUACAUUUCACACAAGAUAAUCAGCCUCAGAAAAAAAAGGAUGUUGUAAAAUCACUGUUCUGAUUGAAAUGUCAUUGCAAAAAAAAAAAAAUAGUGUAAGUUUUUAAUCGCACUUUUUUGUUUAUGCAGUGCGAUUUUCUGUUUUUUGGUUUGUUCUUUUCUUAGAGUGUGGAACAUAAAUACCCUCCCUCCACUGUGACCAUACACAGACACAGCAUCACUGUCUAAUACAGCAAGAACAGCUGACAAAGAUUUACAACAUGCUGGCGCGUUUCAGGCUGCGACGUCGCCACGAACUUUCACACUGUUACCAAUACAUAAAAAUAACAUGGCAAGAUUACCAUGAUUUGACUAGUAUUAUUAUCAGAUUUAAAGUGUUUGGUAUUAAACAGAUCAACAUUAUAACCAGUAAGUACUCUUUAAAAGUAUAAAUGAAAACUUUCAGUGUUUGUUUGUUUGCAUUCAUUUCAAGCUGGCUAUAAUUUCAUGCUUCCUUAAAACACAGAGGCACUAUUAAAAAAAGUAAAGUGUUUCUGUGAUUACUGAAGAAUUCACAAUUCAAGCUAAAUGUCCUUUACACAAUCUGUGAGAAAUUAAAUAAGUUCUGAAAAUAUUUUUGUAAUCAUAAGUAAUAUCACAUAUCAGUAUAAUUAGUUUCUAAAUAAAUAAACCAAACGCUCUUACUUUGAAUCAUUUUGCUUUGUAGGACGGGAUCAGCCCAGCUUAAGAUGACCUCUAGAAUAUUCUAGCAGUUCUAAUUCUGUAGAAGAUCUGACUUGAAUUACAGUAAAAUGAACUUGUCCAAUCAUUUCUUUUAGUAGGUUUUUUAUCCGGGACAUUUAUGACUAGCUUCACUCACUAUGGGGACCGCCAAAUCCGAGUCAAUCGAUCUGAGGCUUUGGGUUUUCACUGCGUCUGAGAGGCGGCUAGCUGCCCGCUUCAGAAGCUUUUCACUGCACUUUGUCAAUUUUGCAGCAGUGCGACACGUUGCACAGUUUACACGGCGCUUCUGAGUCGCGACGCCCGUACAACAGAAUUACCCGACGUGUCCCCAAAGAAAUCCACGGCAGCCUGGCUUUAGCCGUAGCUCGCAUCGCACCUGCAACAGCAGCAGCAAAGCUAUCGAUAAUAUCCACCUUGGAUACGUAUUUAUGCCUUAGAAACGCAUGGCUGACCUGCAACGGCGUAGCAGAGGAGGAAGAGUUCAACCUUAAAGUUCAGUCUGUGUAUGGAUGGGACUGAUUUUCAUUUUUGAACCGGACCACUGUCAGCAAACUCAGCUGCGUUUUCUUCAUCAUGCGCAUCGGCAUCAAUUUUUAGCCAUAAUUUUUAGUCAAAACAGUGUUUGACUCAGUGGAAAAUGCAUAUCUUGUUUAUUAUUGUUGAAACUCUUACUGAACGAUCAAUCAGCUCAUACCUAAUAUGUGUGAAUUAGACGUUGGAAUCUAUAAUUUCUUUUUUAUUAGAGCUCAUUUCAGCGUCCUGUUUGUCAUUACGUGUGAAUUUGAGGCCUCAAACAGACGCGACAAAAAAAAAAAAAAAAAAAA